GCGAGUGCGUUCAUGGCGUCUCGCGCCAGCCGCCCGCCAUCCGCGCGGCAGUCGCCGGCCGGUCGUCGCGGGGGGAGCCCGUGUCCCGGACGAACCCAUUACGCCUCGCUCUAUUUACUACGCUCAUAAACGAAAUCGUACUGUGAAUAGUAUUCCCCGCUCAGGUCGUUAAUAUGACCGUUUGCGAAUCGCGAACUAUAUUGACCUACUACAAAAUAAGUUGACGAGUGAAAAUGUUAUGGUCACAGUGCGGAUUAAAAUGAUAAUUAACGUGUUGUUGUUUUGUUUGGUGAUGGGUGGUGUGGUGUCGGAGCAGGCCGCAGACGGCUGCUCGGUGACGGCUGGCGGCGCGCUGGAGUGCAACGUACGCGCGCUCUCCGACAGAGACGUCGCCGGUUCGAUGCACUCGGAGGGCGCGCGUCGGCUGACCGUGCGCUGCGGACCGCUGCCACAAGAGAGUACGCUCAGGGAUCACCACUUCGGCAGGCUGCAAGGUUUGGCCGAGGUCUCUAUUCAUAACUGUAAGCUGCUACGUCUCCCUGGUAACGCAUUCGAGGGUCUGCGCGGCCUAAAGACCUUGACAAUACGCUCAAUGAACACAGAAUGGGGCCAAAACAAGGAGAUGGAAUUAUCGCUAGGCGCAUUCAACGGACUGAGGGAGCUGCACACGUUGGAUUUGGCGUACAACAACAUAAGGAAGAUACCAUCGGACCUGUUCUGUUCGCUAGAAAAUAUAAUUUCACUAAAUUUAACACGAAACAAGAUAAAGUUUGUAGACGAAUUAGGAUUCGGUCAUAAAUGUGGAUCGACGCUGCAAACUAUAGAUUUGAGCUACAACGAUAUCAUGUCCCUGCCGGCCGACUCGGAGAUUUUACAUCUGCGGAGGCUGACACAACUGUUUCUGCAAAAUAACAAGAUAAAUGAGCUGCCCGCCGAGGUGUUCGGAGACUUGCUGUCGUUAAAAGUUGUGAAUCUUUCGGAGAACGCUAUAAAUUAUCUGCCGGAGGGUUUAUUUCAAAAUACGAGAGAAAUUCGUGAGAUUUAUUUGAAAAACAAUGAACUGGAAAUACUGCCUAAGAGAAUAUUUAAUAGGUUGGAACAAUUACUCGUUUUAGAUCUCUCGGGGAAUAAAUUGAGGAGCGACCACAUAGAAGAUGAAACGUUCGGGGGUUUAAUAAGAUUAAUCGUGCUCGACCUGUCGCACAACACGCUCGCUCGCGUCGCGCGAAACAUGUUCAAAGACUUGUUUUUUUUGCAACUACUUAAUUUGAGUAAUAAUUCUAUAGGGCACAUUGAAGACAAUGCGUUUUCACCUCUUUUCAAUUUACACACUCUAAACUUGGGCCAAAACAAAUUAAUAGCUAUAGAAGAUCACGUUUUCAACGGCCUUUUCAUUCUGAAUAAGUUAAAUUUGAACAAUAAUUUGCUGUCGUACAUUAGCGAAAACUCGUUUCGAAACUGUUCGGACUUGAAGGAUUUGGAUUUGAGUUCUAAUAAGUUGACGAAAGUCCCUGAAGCAAUAUCGCCAUUAUCUUUCUUGAAAUCAUUAGACUUGGGUGAGAAUUUAUUGUCAGAAAUAGCAAAUAAUUCCUUUCAAAACUUAUCGCAGUUAACUGGCUUGCGUUUGAUCGACAAUCAAAUCGGAAACCUCACUGCUGGCAUGUUUUGGGGCCUGUCGAGCUUACAAGUACUCAAUCUGGCAAAAAAUAAAAUACAGUCGAUCGAGAAGGAAACCUUUCAAAGGAACGCUCAAUUGGAAGCCGUUCGUUUGGAUGGAAACUUUAUUUCCGACAUAAACGGCGUGUUCGUGUCGUUGACGAAGUUAUUGUGGUUGAAUCUAUCUGAAAAUCACUUAGUUUGGUUCGAUUACGCUUUCAUUCCGGGUAAUUUAAAAUGGUUAGAUAUUCACGCCAAUUACAUUGAGAUUCUCGGAAACUACUAUAAAAUUCAGAAACAAUUACACGUGAAGACUUUAGACGCGAGUCAUAACCGAAUAGUAGCGCUAUCCGCCAUGUCAAUACCGAAUAGCAUCGAGCUACUGUUUAUAAACAAUAAUUUUAUUUCUAACAUAGAGACGGAUACGUUUAGGGAUAAGAAUAAUUUGACCCGGGUCGAUAUGUACUCGAAUGCGAUCGACAGUUUAGAUAUAAAUAGUUUGCGUAUUUCGAGAACGCCUGACGAUCGAACACUGCCUGAGUUUUAUAUUAGCGGUAACCCGUUCCGAUGCGAUUGUACAAUGAAGUGGUUACUGUUGAUCAACUCCAUGACGUCGCGGGAAUAUCCGCGCGUCAUGGAUUUAGAUAACGCGAUUUGUAAAGAGUCUUACGUUCGCGGCGCCAAAUACGUUCCCGUUAGCUCACUACAGCCAAAAGACUUCUUAUGUAAAUAUGACAAUCAUUGUCCCGAUGACUGCGGCUGUUGCGAUUUCAAAUUUUGCAAUUGCAAAAACGUUUGUCCCAGUAACUGUUCAUGUUAUCACGAUUACGCGAAAACCACUAACGUUGUAGAUUGUUCCGUCAAACAGUCCAAUACAAUUCCAAGCGAAUUUCCGAUCACUGCGACCCAUAUUUAUUUAGAUGGAAAUGUUUAUUAUGAACUCAACGAUACCGUUUUCACUUCUAUGCGUAGAGCAGUUGUAUUGUAUUUAAAUUCCAGUAACAUAGUGAGUCUUCAUAGAAACGCAUUCGACACACUUGUCGAUCUUCGUAUCCUACAUUUAGACAACAAUAAGUUAAAACAGUUUCGGGGCCUUGAGUUUUCAAAGUUGAGUAACUUGAGGGAAUUGUAUCUCCAAAAUAACGCUAUUGAGUUUAUUUCAAAUGUAACUUUUUCCUUUUUAGACGCUCUUGAAGUUUUACGCUUGGACGGUAACAGACUCGUAAAUUAUGGCUUGUGGCACUUGGAUAAUAACAAAAAGUUACAAACUCUAUUCAUUGCCGGCAACCGCUGGUCUUGCGAUUGUAAAUAUUUACAAGGAUUCCUCACGUACGUGUCUCAGAACGUUGAAAAAGUUGUAGACGUUAAUAACUUGUGGUGUUCGAACGAGAAAAUGGACCCGUCGAAAAAACAUUUGAAUUUGAAUGUGACCGUUUGUAGUGAAAUAAGCGAUUCAACGAUGAUAAGCGCUCUGUUCGUCUCCAACAACAUACCAUUACUGGCGUCAGUUCUCACCGGCUUCAUGCUUGUUUUAUUGAUUUUAGUUUUAGUGUUCACAUUUAGAUACGCUUGCAGAAUGUGGUUGUAUUCGAAUUGCGGCAUUAAGCUCUCGCCUCUAGCGGGCGCCUUUAAUGACGCUGAUAAGCUUUACGACGCUUAUAUCUGUUACAGUCCCAAAGACGAAGAGUUCGUAGUUGAGUCUUUAGCGCAAGAGCUGGAAAAUGGCUACCCGUCUUAUCAUCUCUGUUUACAUUAUAGAGACGUUCCUCGAUUUGAUGCUACUUACGCGCAAUUCCCCGAUUUAGUAAUCGAAGCGACCGAAGCGUCUCGGCGCAUAAUCGUCGUGCUGACAAAGAAUUUCAUUUUAACGGAAUGGUCGCAAAUAGAGUUCCGACAAGCGUUGCAGAGAGCGCUACGAAAGAACCCACAUAAAUUGAUAAUAGUCGCCGUAGGGCUCGUUCCACGAGAUCCGGAAUUGAAGUCGUAUUUCAAAACGGGUUUGGAGAUAACUUGGAAAGAGAAACGGUUUUGGGAACGAUUACGUUAUGCGAUGCCGUCGUCGAAACGACGCGGGCAAAAGUUGAAGAGGCUAAAUUACGGUAGGAAUUCGAAUACGUACACGAUGGAUGCAUCUGUAUUAAACACCACCUGCCAGACGCUGUGCGGUAAAUCCGCUAACUCCGCUGAACGGUCGCCUUGCGAUCGGCCACUGUCCGAACAUAUAUACUCGACCAUAGAUUCAGAUUAUUCCUCUAAUGAUUUCCAUGGUCGUCACCAUCAGCCACAAUCCGUGGUCCUUCAACACACUGUACAAACUUAUUUGGUGUAGGUCGUAUCAAAACUUCCACGAAAGAUCUCAGUUUUGUAUAGUUAUGAUCUAAAAUGUCGCCCGACGUUAACGAAA